AUGGCUCCGGUGCCUGCGCCGGAGCUAGGCAUCCCAGAUUCGUCGUCGACGGUAGACGUGCGAAUCAUCGACACGACAGGCUAUGGGAAAGUCGCGGCGGACAUGAUGUUCACGCCUCCACUGCCAGGACACGAGACCUUUGUGUUCCCAUCCUACUCAAUCCUCAUCAGCAACCAUGAAAAGGGCAAGCACGUGCUAUUCGACCUGGGCAUGCGAAAGGACUGGGAGACGUUCCUUCCCGCGCCGACGGUAGGCUUUGUCAAGCAGAUCAUGCCCUUCUCCGUGGCAUCCAACGUCGAUGAGAUUCUCGACGCCGACGCCGGGAACUUGGGCAUCACGACGAAAUCCAUUUCGGCCGUCAUCUGGUCGCAUCACCAUUUCGACCACCGCGGCGAUCUGUCUCGGUUCGACCCGAGCACUGAGCUGAUCGUCGGGCCUGGGUUCAUGAGGGCUUACACUCCAGCCUACCCGACGAAUCCUGAGAGCAGCAUUCAGGAGUCGGAGCUCGCCAGCCAUCCGGUGCGGGAACUCGACGAUGCAGCGUUUACUCUGCAGCUGGGACCGGUUCCAGCGCAUGACUUCUUCGGCGACGGUUCCUUCUACAUCCUCUCGACGCCAGGCCACACCGUGGGCCAUCUCGCCGCGCUCGCCCGUGUCACUAGCAACGGCAAUGGUAGCGACAGUGACGCAGGCCAAAACCCAUCCUUCAUCUUCCUCGGCGGCGAUUGCGCACAUUACCCAGGCAUCUUCCGUCCCACAACCUACAAGCCGCUCCCCCAACAAAUCCCCGAAUUCCCACGCUCAGCAUUCGGCACGUCCCCCUGCCCGGGCAUCUGGCUGCAAAACUAUAUCCACCCGCAGAAAUCCGCCACGGAGCCCUUCUUAAAACCCAAUCCGCGCGUGAACGAGAUCCCCGAGAAGGCAAUGCACAGCCUCUCCGCGAUGCAGGAGUUCGAUGCUAGCCCCGACGUUUUAGUCUGUAUCGCUCAUGAUGGGGGUUUGUUGGGGAAUGUUGAUUUCUACCCGGAGAGGUUGAAUGGGUGGAGGAAGAAGGGCGUGAAGAACAAGGUGCAUUGGAAUUUUUGUGGGGAUUUUGAUGUACAUGCCGGGAAGGAGAAGGUCGAAGCUGACAAUGGUGGUAAUGCUUGA